ACAAACAGUGAUAUGAGACUUGCAUUCUGGGAUUUCAACUCUAGGUAAAAGGUGACAAUCUGACAUAUCAGUGUCUGUUUUCUAAAUCGGAGUGGAGGGAUUUAGCAUUCUGGGAUCAUUUAGGAUUGGCAUCAGUGUAGACCGUCCCAGUGGUUUGUAGGCUUUUUGAUUUAGAACUUCUGAAAUCCUAGAGAUUCGUAAAACUCAAAUUUAUCUGUAAAAUGAUUCCAACUAGUAAUGGGGGAGACUUAAUGGAAGUUCAAGAAGACUUGGCCUCAAGUUCGACCCCGUAUCAUACGGCCAAUGGAAAUGGUGCUCUUCAAAUUUCAACAUCCCGAAAGGGACCGCUAAGUGAUGAAAAUCCUAGAAGAGGGAAUGCGGGCAGGUUAUCAAUUAUUCCCAGUAAUUUAGCUUCCCCAUCAGCUAAAGUUCAGCAUAUUGCAGAGGAAAAUGAUGAAAUCCCACGAUCUGUACCUUCUUCCAGUAGUCAAGGUUUCCAAAAACGUUUCAGAGGGAUUCUAGCUAAGAAAAUUAAUUGGGAGUCCCUGAUGACAAUCGGUAAAGAAUGGAUCAAGAAACCUUUAAACAUGGUUCUUUUUUUAUGGAUAAGCUGCGUUGCUGUUUCAGGAGCAAUCCUAUUUCUCGUUAUGACAGGUAUGUUAAAUGGUGCCCUGCCAAAGAUGUCACAGAGAGACACCUGGAAUGAGGUCAAUAAUCAAAUUCUCAAUGCUCUUUUUACUCUCAUGUGUCUGUAUCAACACCCAAUGUUGUUCGACCACCUUGUGCUUCUGUGCAGAUGGAAGCCUAAGGAUAUCCCUGCACUCAGAAAUAUAUACUGCAAGAAUGGCACUUACAAGCCAAAUGAAUGGGCCCAUAUGAUGGUGGUAGUUGUGUUACUCCAUGUUAGUUGCUUUGCUCAGUAUGCCUUAUGCAGCCUAAACUUGGGAUACGAAAGAUCCAAUCGACCUGCUGCGGGUGUCGAUAUCUGUCUGUCUGUUGGAAUUGCUGCCCUAGCUAUAGCAUUUGUGUAUUACAUUUUAAGCCCCCUUGGAAAGGAGUAUGUCUCUGGAGUUGAUGAAGAAGCACAGAUUUAGCCUCUUACUAAUGGCACUAGUUGGUCCAGCCAACUAACAAUGAAGUCGUUAGAAAAAAGAUUUUCAUUUGCAUCGAGAAAUGAGCAGAGGAUUAUUGAGUAGGCACCCAAAUGGAGAGGGGCCUAUUUGAUAUUUGGGAUGAUAUUUCUUUUUUUUUUU